AUGCGUCCGGGCCGACGGCCAGAUACGGCGACAUUCGGCCUGCGCGAUCCCAUGGGGGUUAUUGGCGCGGAUUCCCCCGUCCUGGAAGGGGCCGAGCCCUGGGAGAAGUUUGGAGCGGAAGAACCUAAGGCCGAAGUGAGCACGCUAAACCAGGCAAGGACAGAGUGGUCGUGGAUUAUGGGGAUCAUUCAUACCCAGGGGCCGCCACGCUACAUUCGAGACUUGGCACACAUCGUUAGCCUAUGA